UUUAAAACCUUUUCUCAGUAACACAUAUAGCGUUAACUUUGACAAUAAUAAAUACUAACGAUUUUCCCAGAAACAUCGAUAGGCGAUAACGACUAUCGGUGGCUGACCAUCCACAGCUGCCCAACAGCUGUUGUCUCUCGCCUCCUCCGACUUUGUUGUAAGAAAAUAUUGCGAAUUUCGAAGAGAGCCUGCGAUGUCGGCGUUUGUGAAAACCGUGUGCCUGGCCCAGAAGCUCUGCGUCGCCAAUCCAGCUUUGGCCCGCCAGGCGGUGCGCAGCAUGGCUGGUUGGAACAAGGACUUCAAGCCCGCCCCGUACCCGAAGACGGAGAAGGAGCGCCUGGAGGCAGCCAAAAAGUACUAUCUGCUGCCGGAGGAGUACAGGCCGUAUGCGGACGACGGCCUGGGCUAUGGAGAUUAUCCAAAAGUCGGCGGCGGCCUGGGCGUCGAGGCCAAGGACAGCUACUAUCCCUGGGACUAUCCGGAGCACAAGCGCAACCAUCACGAGCCUAUUUCAGCGGAUCACGAUCUGUACAGCGAGGAUCGUUACUCGCAGGCGGAGCAGCCCCGCUACCAAAACUCCUACUACUUCCUGUGCUUUGCCGGCGUGAUGUCCGGCUGCCUGGCCUUGUACUAUUGGCUGGAGGACAAGAAGAUGUACCGCCCGGUGGCCGCCAAGCAGUAUCCUGGCGAUGGCGUCAAGCACUACACCUUUGAGAAGUAGAAAUGAACAUCCAUCUCCGACUUCUUGUAUCAUCUAGCCACGCAUAUUCUGUACAAUUAAAAGGGAAAGAAACUAGA